UUUGUACCAAUUUCUUCUACACAAGAAAAUUCGCAUCGUCCUGAACGGAACACCCACACGGCUGCACUCUUCAACUCGGAACCCUCCAAGGACUCAAAACCCGUUUACGUCAAGAGUACUCUUUCUUUGAUUAAUUGAAUUGGAUCUCUUCUUCUACUGAUUGUGAUGACUGACUAAAUUGGAGGAGUGAGGUAGUUUUAUUGAAAUCUUUUUAGUGGGAGAGAAUGGUGUUAGUAUUGGCUAUUGGGGAUCUGCACAUCCCACACAGGGCACCAGAUUUGCCCCCAAAGUUCAAGUCAAUGCUUGUUCCUGGCAAGAUUCAGCACAUCAUUUGCACUGGCAAUCUCUGUAUCAAAGAAGUUCAUGAUUAUUUGAAGAGCCUUUGCCCUAGCUUGCAUAUUACUCGAGGUGAAUAUGAUGAAGAUACCCGUUAUCCAGAAACCAAAACUCUUACAAUUGGACAAUUCAAGCUUGGGUUAUGCCACGGUCAUCAGGUUGUCCCCUGGGGAGAUCUUGAUUCUCUUGCGAUGCUCCAGAGACAGUUAGAUGUGGACAUCCUUGUUAGUGGUCACACCCAUCAGUUCAAGGCAUACAAACACGAGGGUGGUGUUGUCAUUAAUCCUGGAUCUGCCACCGGAGCCUACAGCAGCAUCACAUAUGACGUGAACCCAAGUUUUGUGCUCAUGGAUAUUGAUGGCCUUCGAGUCGUCGUCUAUGUUUAUGAACUCAUUGACGGAGAAGUGAAGGUUGACAAGAUAGAUUUCAAGAAAACUGCCACAACUGCUACACAUUGAACACACUGAUCCAAGAUUCUGUUGAAAUCUCAACGCUUUUGUUCUGCACGUGAAUUUGUUGUUUUAGUUUGUUAGCAUACAUUUUGUUGCCUUCUAAAUUUGAACUAUCGUGAUUCUGUUAUUUGUGUUUUCCUUACACUCUGACGGCCCAUUUGGAUGAAGGAUUUGUUUUGGAUGGAUAUAGAAUGAGGGUGGAUUUGAGAGUA